CUCCUCUUUCCCAUCUCCUCAUUCUCCUUACUUCGCCCCAACAUAUAUACAUACAUACAAACACGUUUGUAUCUAUCUAUCUAUCUAUCGAUCACUCCCUCUUGUCUCUCUCAUCGUUUUUUUUCUUUACUCUCUCUCUAUAUCUCACUCCUCUUCUCUUCAGCUCGGUUGCUAGUUGCGUCACCCUCCAAUUUCAGUUUUUUUUCUUAAUUAUUAUUUUGAUAGUGAUUUAGGGUUAGGGUUUUAGUGAUGUGGGGAAGAUAUAAUUUGGGGAUAAUGCAAGAUAAAGUUAGAGUGAGGAAGAAGAGGUUAUGUUGAAAUUUGGGGAAAUUGGUUGUGGGUAUUAGGGUUUAGGUGAUGUUUAUAUAUAAAGUUGUUAAAUUUAUAUAAAUAUGAAGGUUUCAACAUCAGGGUUGUGUCAGCAACAGCCUCUUGAAGGAGAAAAGAAAUGCUUGAAUUCAGAGCUAUGGCAUGCUUGUGCGGGCCCUCUCGUGUCGUUACCGAUGGUCGGAAGUCGAGUGGUUUACUUCCCUCAGGGCCAUAGUGAGCAGCCAGGUUGCCGCAACUACUAACAAAGAAGUGGAUGCUCACAUACCGAAUUAUCCAAAUUUGCCGCCUCAGUUGAUCUGUCAGCUUCACAAUGUCACAAUGCAUGCGGAUGUUGAAACCGAUGAAGUGUAUGCCCAAAUGACAUUGCAGCCCUUGACCCCUCAAGAACAAAAAGAUACGUUUCUUCCUGUUGAGUUGGGUACUCCAAGCAGACAGCCAACUAAUUACUUUUGCAAGACGUUAACCGCUAGCGAUACGAGUACCCAUGGAGGAUUCUCUGUCCCUCGCCGUGCAGCAGAAAAAGUCUUCCCUCCGUUGGAUUUUUCCCAGCAGCCACCUGCACAGGAACUUAUUGCGCGGGAUCUCCAUGACGUUGAAUGGAAGUUUAGGCAUAUUUUUCGGGGGCAGCCCAAACGCCACCUUCUUACCACAGGGUGGAGUGUGUUUGUUAGUGCAAAGAGGCUUGUUGCAGGAGAUUCUGUGCUUUUUAUUUGGAACGAAAAAAAUCAACUCCUUUUGGGGAUCCGCAGAGCGAGCCGCCCACAAACCGUAAUGCCAUCGUCUGUUUUAUCAAGUGAUAGCAUGCACAUCGGCCUCCUCGCUGCUGCUGCUCAUGCAGCUGCUACAAAUAGCUGUUUUACCGUAUUCUAUAAUCCAAGGGCAAGUCCAUGCGAAUUUGUUAUUCCUCUUUCGAAAUAUGUGAAAGCUGUGUAUCAUACUCGUGUUUCUGUUGGGAUGCGUUUCCGGAUGCUCUUUGAAACUGAAGAAUCAAGUGUCAGGAGGUACAUGGGUACAAUAACCGGCAUUGCUGACUUGGAUCCUGUUCGCUGGCCCAAUUCUCAUUGGCGAUCUGUUAAGGUUGGUUGGGAUGAAUCAACAGCGGGUGAGAGGCAGCCACGUGUAUCAUUAUGGGAAAUUGAACCGCUAACUACUUUUCCCAUGUACCCAUCACUGUUUCCCCUUCGUCUGAAACGCCCUUGGUAUCCCGGAGCCUCAUCUUUUCAAGACGGUAGAGAUGAUGUGGUUAACGGGAUGGCAUUUAUGAGAGGUGAAACCGGGGACCAAGGACUCAACUCUCUGAACUUUCAAUCGGUUGGCAUGCUUCCGUGGAUGCAACAAAGACUAGACCCAUCGUUAGUUCAAAGUAAUCUUAAUCAGCAGUACCAAGCCGCAUUACUCGGUUUAGGAGUCGGAGACGCUUUAAAACCACAAUUUAUUCAGUUUCAGCAGCAGCCCGUUCAAUACCCUCCACAACAUUCGGUUUCAAACGCAUCAAACCCGCUUUUCCAACACUCUCAGCAACCAAUUCCUCAACAAUUUAUGCAAGGUCAAAGUCAAAUACCUCAGCAAGUUAACAGUCAACCAGAGGAACAACAGCAGCAGCAGCAGCAGCAAGUCAACGGUCAACAGCAGCCGAAUUCAUUUACCGAGCCAUUCGUAAUCCCACACGAGCAGCUUCGAACAAAGCCGCAAUCAAGUGUCCCGUCCCACUCUUUUCAGAAAACAGAAUUUAUGGACCCGCUUUUGAGUUUCUCAAGAACCGAUCAACCGAACCAGCAAUCAUGGGGGUCGAGGUUUGCUCAACCGCAAGCCAACGUGUCGUCGGGUGCACCAUCGGUUUUGCCGUAUCCCGAGAAAACCAAUGGUACGGACCAAGAAACCUCUGUACGGAACCAUGGUUUAUUUGGUGGAAACAAUAUCGAUUCAUCUGGGCUUCUACUUCCAGCUACUGUGUCAAACGUUGGUACUUCAUCAACCGAAACCGACUUAACCGCCACUAUGCCGUCAGGGGGUUCUGAGUUUCAGAACUCUCCUUACUUCGGUUACAUGCAAGAUUCUUCUGAGUUGUUGCACAACACAGUACCGACUGAACCACCGAACCCUAACCGUACAUUUGUCAAGGUUUACAAAUCGGGUUCAGUUGGGAGGUCACUAGACAUAACGCGGUUCAACAACUAUCCUGAACUUAGAGAAGAACUGGGUCAGAUGUUUAACAUCGAGGGGUUGCUUGAAGACCCUCAAAGAUCAGGCUGGCAGCUUGUAUUCGUCGACAGGGAGAACGAUGUGCUUCUUCUUGGAGACGGACCCUGGGAGGCAUUUGUAAAUAGUGUCUGGUAUAUCAAGAUUCUUUCGCCUGAAGAUGUGCAGAAACUUGGAAAGCAAGAGUUGGAAAGCUUCAGCCAAAACUCUAGUGAACGAAUCGGAAAUGACAGUAGAGACCUUUCUGGACUUCCUCCAAUUAAUGGGUUCACUUAAUUUUUCGGAAUCAUUAAAGUAACCAGAAUCUUGUUUGUGGGUCCCUUUGCUUUUGAUAGCGUAUGUCGUGCUACUACUUUGUGGGUCCCUUUGUAUCGUAUAUGAGUCGGUUAUGGUCACGUUUGGUAGGUAUUUUAGUUGUAAUGUGGUAAUUUGGUAUAUGUUAGACAAGAUUGGAAACUUUAGAACAUAUAUGGAGCCAAUGUUGACCCUACCUUUGUAAUGAUAUGAUACUAAACAUGUUAAUUAUUAGGGAUUUUAUGUUCUUU